AUGUCGCGAACAGAGCAGGUCGAGCCUGCCGACUCGAUAAGCAGCCAGGACCCAAGCCGCGAAGAGCCGAAGAAGACGAAGAGCAGGAGGCCGCCGAAUACUGCGUUCAGGCAGCAGCGCUUGAAAGCAUGGCAACCCAUCUUAACGCCCAAGACCGUCCUUCCUCUCUUCUUCAUCGUCGGAGUCAUCUUUGCGCCCAUCGGUGGGCUGCUUCUGUAUGCUAGCGCGCAGGUCCAGGAGAUCUCCAUCGACUACACAAACUGCAACUCCACCGCGCCCCAAGUCCCCGUCGACUUCGACCCCACAGCCGACAACCCCCUCAAAUCAAUCCCCUCGAGCAGAGUCUCAGCGACGUUCAGAUCCAAGGAGGACCCAGCGGCGAUGUGGGGUUGGGGACGUGAGAACUAUACCUUCGAGUCUGGCGUCGUCCAAGAGACAAACGUUUGCAUCUUGAGUUUCACCAUCCCAGAGGCCAUCAAACCACCCAUCCUUUUCUACUACCGACUCACCAACUUCUACCAAAACCAUCGCCGAUACGUCAAGUCGGUAGAUAUUGACCAACUCAAAGGCCACGCCCGCAGUGCCAGCGAUCUCAGUUCGGGCGAUUGCUCUCCCCUAGACAAUGACCCCGAGACCGGUCUACCAUACUAUCCCUGCGGCCUCAUCGCAAACUCCAUGUUCAACGAUACCUUUUCCAACCUCACCUUGGCCAAUCCCGCCGGUGGAUCAGAUGCUCAGGGUCAGAACUACACCAUGACCGUCGAAGGCACAUCAUGGAGCCACGAAGGCGAUCUCUACGGCGAGACAGAUUACAAGCCCGAAGACGUCAUCCCACCACCAAACUGGCAGGAACAAUACCCCAAUGGCCGCUACAACGGCUCCCUGCCCAACCUACAUACUUGGGAGCAGUUCCAGGUCUGGAUGAGAACGGCGGGUCUGCCAACAUUUAGUAAAUUGUAUCAGCGCAACGAUAACGAUGAGCUGAGUGCUGGGACUUACCGCCUCAAAAUCUAUGACCGCUACCCCGUCGACAAAUACAGCGGCACCAAAUCCAUUCUCAUCUCCACGCGCACCGUCAUGGGCGGCAAGAACCCGUUCCUGGGUAUUGCGUAUCUUGUUGUAGGCGGUAUCUGCAUCUUGUUGGGCGCUGUGUUCCUUGCUACGCAUUUGAUCAAGCCGAGGAAACUUGGUGAUCAUACUUAUUUGACUUGGAACAACGAUCAGCCGUCCUCGGCUACUACCACGGGACGGGCUGGUGGCGCCGGAAGCCAAGAGGAGAGGCUUAGCAAGAUCUGCAGCUGGCUUUCGGCGCCUGAUCCGUCCACAAAUUACUACAACGCGCAUAAGCAGCGACAAGCUGAGACUGGGAUGUGGCUACUAGAAAGCGAAAAGUUUAGUAACUGGGAGAACAAUGUAGCAUCGCGACUAUGGCUAUACGGAAUCCCAGGUUGCGGAAAGACUAUUCUGAGCUCUACUGUCAUCGAGCAUUUGCAGCAACUCUGCGAUGGUAACACUCACAAGGUGACGGUGUACUUCUACUUUGACUUUAACGAUGCUCGGAAACAAGACCCAGAGCUGAUGCUUCGCUCGUUGCUCUGCCAGUUCCUGCAGCGUUCGAUCAUGAUAUCUGAGAGCGUUGAUGCGUUGUUCUCGUCCUGUGGAAACGGACAAAGACAGCCAUCACUGCGUGCACUUCUAAAGGUAGCACCGCAUGUGAUGCAACAGUUCACGCAUGUCUAUAUAGUUCUUGAUGCGCUCGAUGAGUGCAAGCAGCGACUGGAGUUAAUGAACAUGCUUGAAACGAUGGUUGGGUGGCAGCUUGACAUUUUACAUCUGUUUAUGACUAGCCGGAAAGAGCGGGAUAUCGAAAGGUCGUUAGAGAGUUACGUCGAAGAAGAUGACAGUAUCUGUCUUCAGAGGGACGUAGUGGACGAAGACAUAUUACGAUACGUUCGACAAAGGCUGCGUGACGAUAAGGUUCUGGCAAAAUGGAGUAACGACGUUGGUAUUAAACAAGAGAUCGAGACAGCACUAAUGCGUGGAGCUCGCGGGAUGUUCCGAUGGGUUGUAUGUCAGAUUGAUGCAUUAGCAAAGUGCCGCAAUCUGGCCAUGCUGCGCAAGUCGCUCGCUAGCUUGCCGCAAACGUUGGACCAGACGUACGACCGCAUUCUUACCGCUAUAAGCGAAGAGGAUUGUGUAUACGCGAUGCGAGUCCUACAAUGGUUGACGUUCUCUGCCAGGCCGCUCACUUUCGAAGAAGUUGCCGAAGUCGUUGCAAUCGAUGUCGAACGCGAACCAGCAUUCGAUCGUGACGAAGUGCUAAUAGACCCGCUAGAUACGCUGGACAUAUGCUCCAGUCUAGUUACUAUUCCAAUGGAGAAGGAAGAAAAAGUGUGCCUCAUACCUGCUAAACGGAUUAUUACUCUCGCACACUACUCAGUCCAGGAGUACCUUGUAUCAGAUAGAAUCAAGCAAGGACCAGCAAAACGGUACAGCAUGCGGGAGGUCGAAUGUCAUAAAGCAAUAACCAAAGGUUCUUUGGGGUACCUGAAUCAGUUCCAGCACCCAGUGGCCAAAGAACUUCUUAACGUUUCUGCGCUCGCACGAUACUCAGCAGAGUUCUGGAGCAGCCAUCUCCAAAAGACAGGAGAGGAAGUAGAAGAAAUGAGUCGGCUAGCGCUGAGUCUGUUUUCAACAGAAAACCCUGCAUAUCCCACUUGGGUCGAGUUGUACGACCCGGAAAGUGAUUGGUUUGAAUCACAGUCAGGCAACUUAGAAGGCAUAGCAGCACCCCUCUACUACGGAGCACUGCUAGGCUUGAAUAUGAUCGCAAAGCUGCUGUUAAAUCAGGGCGCCGAUGUCAACGCGCAAGGCGGAAAGUACGGCAAUGCACUACAAGCGGCUUCAGCUGGAGGCCAUGAGGCAGUGGUCAAGCUGCUCCUCAACGCAGGCGCUGAGGUCAACGCCCCUGGAGGACCCUUCGGGAACGCACUCCAGGCUGCUUCAGCUGGAGGAUAUGAGCAAGUUGUGAACAUGUUGCUUAGUGCUGGCGCUGCAGUCAAUAUUCCGGGCGGAUAUUACGACGAUGCACUGCAGGCCGCUUAUACUGGCGGACACGAAAGCACGGUCAGACUGUUGCUAGCAAGAGGUGCCAAUGUUGGUCUAGAUGUACGAUUGAAAGGCGCCAUGCAUUAUGUUGUCAACAGUGCAUGUUGUUCGCCUUCGCUGGCGAAUAUGUUGCAGCACUAUGGCGCUCCAUUGGACACGAUCGACAUUGACAACAUGACUCCACUGCAUUAUUGUGUGAAAUUUGGCCACAAGGAUAUCGCAAAGCAACUCAUUGAUGCAGGGGUACCGAUUGACAUCAGGGUUCGUCGACGCGCUGUAUGGUCCCGGAGAGCCAAAGAAUGGUACCCUAGUCUAGUGGAUACUGCGCUCCCAGUUUCAGAGUCUGUAGUAACCGGUAUGACUCCUCUACAUCUCGCAGCCUUGAUUGGUGAAGUCACAAUGACCAAGUUCCUUCUCAAGUACGGCGCCGAUCCCAAUGCUAUUUCCGAGUCCGGCGAAACUCCUCUACAUCUUGCGCUGCGAAUCGGGGUUUUAGAAGAAGGAUACGGAUCUGCUUGGAAAACAAAAUGCGGGUCUACAAACCUGCACAGGGUCUUAGGCUUUGACAAAAACGACGAUGGGUCCACCUCGGAAAGCUCUCGUACACGCGAAGCUGUGCUCGAUGCAUUACUGGAACACCCUAGUACUUCUCUUACAGUAGUGGAUUACAAAGGUGAAAGUCUUUUACAUUGCUUCUGUUACUGCGAACCAGAAAGUGCGACAUUGGUCCAGAAAUUAGUAUCCAAAGGAGCGGAUCCAUUGUAUGGCAACUUGAGCCAACAAUAUCCAUUGCACUUUGCCAGUGAAGCUGGUAAUCUUCUAAUAGUUAAUUUUCUGCUCAGUAUGGGUGCGAAAGUGGCACUGGCUGACAAACACGGCCUCAAUGCACUUCAUUACGCAGCUCAAAGCGGAAACCUCGAGACCAUAAAGGCCAUUCUCGAGACCGAGGAGGCGAAGACAUUAAGGCUCAUAGCAUCGAGGGACAAUUGUGGGCAAAACGUGCUCCAUCAUAUCCUCAAGCGCUCUCAAGGACAAAUUGAGUCGGUGCAGUGGCUACUUGAUCACGGGGCGAACGGCUCAGAGCUUGAUGAUUCUGGAAUCUCCCCCUUGGCAAGGUUCAUCAAGACUCCCCGUAUGAGAAUUGAUGUAGAGAUCUUACUGUUGCUUCUAAAGACCAACAGAAACGCGUCAUCUAUCGACCAUGACAGGCAAACCCUUGGGCACUUGUACGCAACGACGUGGGGACUUGAGAUACCUAUACUGCAAGUUCUCAGCGAUUACAGUAUCGAUUUAGUGAAGAAGGACUAUAAUGGAAGGACUCUACUACACCGUGCCGUUAUGAACGGCUCUCUUACUGAAACGCUGCUAGAGUUUCUUAUCAACGUCAUCGACAUUCGGGCAAGUGAAGAGGACAUACAUGGUCUUACUGCCUUGCAAUACGCUAUCAAAACAACUCCAAUGAUUCCCUAUAGUAACAUUGAAGGCGAGAUUGAUAGCGACAGCAGCGACGGCAGCGACAGCAACGACAGCAGCGACAUGAACGACAGUAGCGACAGCAGCGACAGCAACGACAGCAACGACAGCAAUAGUAAUAUUGGCAGCGACAGCAACGUCAGUCAUCGUGUCAGGCCAGGUCUCGACCCCUGGGAGAGAACGAGAAACAUCUUGCUAAGAUAUCACGCCAACCACCCGAACUAG